AUGGCGCCCGCGCAGCGCCCGCUGCUGCCGCUGCUGCUACUGCUGCUGCCGCUGCCGCCGCCGCCCUUCGCGCACGGCGAGGACGCCGCCCGCGCCAACUCGGACCGCUACGCCGUCUACUGGAACCGCAGCAACCCCAGGUUCCACGCGGGCGCGGCGGACGACGGCGGCGGCUACACCGUAGAGGUGAGCAUCAACGACUACCUGGACAUUUACUGCCCGCACUACGGGGCCCCGCUGCCGCCGGCCGAGCGCAUGGAGCACUAUGUGCUGUACAUGGUCAACGGCGAAGGCCACGCCUCCUGCGACCACAGGCAGCGCGGCUUCAAGCGCUGGGAGUGCAACCGGCCCGCGGCGCCCGGGGGCCCGCUCAAGUUCUCCGAGAAGUUCCAGCUCUUCACGCCCUUCUCUCUGGGCUUCGAGUUCCGCCCGGGCCACGAGUACUACUACAUCUCUGCCACACCGCCCAAUGCUGUGGACCGACCCUGCCUGCGACUGAAGGUUUAUGUGAGGCCAACCAACGAGACUCUGUAUGAGGCCCCCGAGCCCAUCUUCACCAGCAAUAACUCCUGCAGUGGCCUGGGCAGCUGCCAGCUCUUCCUCAGCACUGUCCCUGUGCUGUGGACCCUCCUGGGCUCCUAG